AUGGCUUUUCAUGGACCAAGCUCAGAUUGUCAUCCAAAUUGCCUACGAGCAAUGAAUGCACAAGAAGAUUACGUGGGGUUUGUUUUUGGUCUUGCAGAUGCAUCUCAAAGAGCAGCGAUGUUGGCGGUUGAUCUAAUCAGCUCAGCUCGGGUGAUCUUCAAGGUGGACAGAGAGUACACUGCCUACUCAGCGCAGUAUCUGGUUGACAACGCUGGUCCCAAGAAGGAAACCGCCGGGCAGGGAGAGUGGGAACAAGGACGCGGGGUCACGAUGAAUGACCUGGUUGAGUACUUGAGAGACAUUGCUAUUCCCAAAGAAACGGAUCAAGAACGCCCCGAGCUAACUGUCAAGGACUGCCUCGAGUGUGCAUUCAGAGAUGGGUUACCGAAAGCAGAGCAUUGGGGACACCUGGGAUGUGUCUCCAAGGUCCCUCCUUUCGCUUCUCUCAUACCUCGCGUCCCCAUGAAAGGAAAAGUGCUUGAGGCUGAGAAAUGGGGAAGAGGAGGAGCUGCCUUGUUGAGGAAGCAACCGGUGGGAGCUAAACUGCACGUGUUCAGUCCGGAGAUUGAUCUCGUUGAUGAAGGAGUGGGAUUCUACGAUGGCCCGGCAGGUCGUGGAUCGACCUACGUGGGACUCAGGGAUGUGAUGAUCACUGGAUUUGGGAGAAGGAAGGGAAAGAAGUUUGCGGAACUGAGGAUCUGCUACAAGAAGAAGUCUAAGUUCAUCAAAGUGUCUCUAGAGCGUGUUCUUACCUCACUUCCACGUGAUGGAGAGGAGCCUCAGGUCAUAGAGCCAACGGGUCUGCUUGUUGACUUCAUUGUCCCACGCUUCUCCAAGAAAAGGAGAGCUUAA